AUGGGCAAGGACAAGGUCGAGAAGAAGGACCGCGCUGAGAAGAAGGAGAAGCGUGCGGAGAAGGACGGUGUGCACAAGGUCAAGAAGGAGAAGAAAGAGAAGAAGGAUAAGACUGCUCUUGUCGAUGCAGUAGAGAAGGAGAUUGACACUGAGGCCAUGGAGGGUCUUGAGCAGACCAGCGCUGUCGCUGUCAAGGGCGAGACUGAGGUCGAUGCUGUCGACCGCCCCAUUGGCGCCCUCGUGCCGUUCGCCAACCCAUUGGUUGAGGACAAGCAGGCCAAGAAGGUCCUGAAGAGUGUCAAGAAGGCUGCCGUCAACAAGUCUCUCAAGCGUGGUGUUAAGGAGGUCGUCAAGGCUCUCCGCAAGUCUGCCGUCCCCGCCGCCAACGCUCCCAUCGGUGUCCCCAGCGGUGUUGUCAUUCUCGCUGCCGAUAUCUCCCCCAUGGAUGUUAUCUCCCACAUUCCCGUCCUGUGCGAGGACCACGGUAUUCCCUACGUCUUUGUCAACUCCCGCGCUGAGCUCGGUGCUUCCGCUGCCACCAAGCGCCCCACCAGUGUGGUCAUGGUUACCCCCAAGGCUGCCAAGGGCAAGAAGGAGGAUGAUGAGGAGUUCACCAAGGUGUUCGAGGAGCUUGCUGGCUUGACCCAGAAGGAGAUGAAGAAGCUGACAGUCUAAAAAUGUUCUCGACUUGUCUGAUUUACCUUUUGUUAUUUGCUCUUCCCACACUGUUCACUGCGAGUGGGUUCUCUGGUUGUACAGGUUUCUGAUACCGUCUGUUCAGACGGUGCAUGUCUUAUGGGGUCCGGCCUAUGGGUAUCUUUCUAUAUUUGCUCUUUUGUUCCAACUCGGCGUUAUUUCAAUGGUGUACGAAAAAGGCAAGAAUUCCAGUGAGAUAUCACCAACCUCAUAGA